AUGCUGCCGUAUAACUUGGUUGAAGGAGACGCAUUUCGAAGGCUCAACUUAGCUGAUCCUGACACUCCAUUUAGAUACAGAAAAAAGUCUGAAAAAUACUUCAGAACGACUUUAAUGCCAGCGACGUAUUUAAAGGUAAAAGAAAAAGUCAUACUUCUCUUGGAAAAUACUGAAUGGGUUAGCCUUACUACAGACAUAUGGAGUAAUCCUGCGAAGAUUUGUUCUUUGCUGAGUUGCACAGCUCAUUUCAUACAAUCUACGAAAAGACAAAAAGUUAUAUUGGCAGCAAGUGCACUUGAAGACAAUCAUACUGGUAAGCAUAUUUCAGAAACACUAAUCAAUAUAAUUGCUGUUAAUGCUUGUAAUAUGCAGUCUGCCAUGCGUCUUGGAAAUUUUGCAUCCAUUGGAUGCGUAGCUCAUACGCUUCAGUUGGUAAUUCAUGACAUUAUAUUCAAAAGCGAUUCCAUGAUGGAUAUAAUGAGCAAGCUUGUCGAUAUUUUAAGCAAUUCCAGAAAAAUUCGGGACUUACCCAGGUACACUUUGAUUCAAGAUGUUGAAACACGCUGGAAUAGCACGUAUCUAAUGUUGGAAAGGCUCAUGGAACAAAAAUUAGCUGUAAAUUUGUACAUGGCAGAACGCGGUGGCAUAGAAGUACCAGCAGCAGAAGAAUGGGUACAAAUAAGAGAUAUGAUAUACGCAUUUAAGUGCUUUUAUCAAGCUACACUUGAUAUUUCAAGCGACUCUUCAUCAAUAUAA